AUGGAUCAACAAAUUAAAAGAGAUGAAGAAAUAGUACAAGAAAGUGAAGAAAUUGCAUUUUUAGACAUAUAUAUAAGAUUUAAUGAAGAUUCAGAAAAAGAUUAUUGUUUUCAAAUAAAUACAAAAACUACUUUCAAAGAUUUAUAUAAAAUUUUUAAUACAAUACCAAUAUCAUUAAGACCAAGUGUAUUUUAUAAUUCAAAACCAAUUGGUUUCAAAAAAUCUACUUCACCCGGGUUUUUAACUGAAGAUGGGAAUUUUUUAUUUGAUGAAAAUUCAGAUAAAUUUACUUCAUCAAUUAUACCUCUUGAAGAGUUUAUAAAUAAUCAUGUUUGGCCUGGUCAAUUAAUUUUACCAAUUUGGGAAUUUAAUUAUUUUAGUUUUUAUUCUGUUUUACUGUUAUUAGCUAUUUGGUUAUAUACUGAUUUACCUGAUUUUAUAAGUCCAACACCUGGUUUAUGUUUAACUAAUCAAUUUACUAAAAUUUUAGCAUAUAUUGUAAAUGAAGUUGGUUAUCCAAGUAUUUCAGAAAUGUUAAUUAAAGAUUUAGAAGAUGAAGUUAGUAUUGUUACUCAAUGUAUAUUUUUUGCAUUUCAUAUUUUAAAAUUAGGUUUUAUAUUUGGAUUUUUAUAUACUGGAGUUUUUAAUCCAAUAAAAGUUUUUAGAUUUGGUAGUGGUGUAAAAUUAGAUGUUUCCAAGGAAGAAUUAAUUAAAUUAGGUUGGACAGGUACUAAAAAGGCAACUAUAGAUGAAUAUAAAGAUUAUUAUAGAGAAUAUAAAAUUCAACAACAUGGAGGAAUGAUUCAAGCUCAUCAAGCUGGAUUAUUUAAAACUAUAAGACAUUUAGGUAUACAAUUACAAAAGGGAGAAGGUUAUAAUACAGAAUUAACUAAAACAACAAUGAUGACAACAAUGAAUGAUUUAUUAAAAGAAAGUGAAGAUAAUAAAUCAACAUUUAAAUUAAAAUUAAAUUAUGAAUGGUUUGCAGAAUUAGGUUAUGUAUUUGCAUCAUUAUCUGAAAAUAAAGAAGGUAAAGAAUUAGCAAAUUUAAUAAAACAAUUUAGAAGAUAUGGUUUGUUAAAUACAACUCCCAAGAUUGAAACAAUAAUUGCAAAUAGAAAAGAAAGAGAUAUUGAUACUUCUUUAGAUCCACCUGAAAAAAUUAAUCAAUUAGAAGAAUUAUUAAAAGAACAACCAAUUGAUGAUGAGAAAAAUGAUGAACCAGUUAUUGUUGAUAGUAGUGAGAAAAUUGAAGAAAUUAAAGAAUAA